AUGUCGUCCGUAGAUUGGACUUUGCAUUAUUGCUGCUGUCGAGGCCAAUGGAUUACCCUUGGUAUAAUCGCAGGCUGGACGCUUGUCGCCAUAGUAUUAUGGCAUUGCAGGAUAUUUGGCGUCCACAUUUUGCUACAGUUCAAGUUGCUUACCACAUUCCUCCACGAGUUCUCCCAUGCUUCUGCGGCUUGGAUUACAGGCGGGAAAGUGAAGGGAAUCGAGGUGUACACGAACGAGGGAGGCGUUACGCAUACAGUGGGAGGAAUUCGAUGGAUUAUUCUACCUGCCGGAUAUCUGGGCAGUUGUUUUUGGGGAUUGGUGUUUACACUUCUUGCAAGUAUCAAUAUCUGGACCCUACGAGUAGGUGCCGGCUUACUGUGUUUCAUGCUGCUAAUGGUCCUCCUGUUUUUUGCAAGGAACUGGACAGUAGGCAUAGUCUGUGUCAUCUUUAUUCUUGAAAUAAUAGUUGUCUGGGCUUUCACCGAGCUAUACCACACUAUUUGGCCACUGAGGGUUGCCAUGCUGGCGAUUGGAUCCAUGAACAGCGUAUACAGCCUCCUCGAUAUUUUGGACGAUACAAUACGCAGGAAGGAACCUGACAGUGAUGCGUACAAGUGCGCUUCGCUGACCCAUUGCAGUAGCCGCCUCUGUGGCUCUCUAUGGGGUCUGAUUGCUCUGGCUUUUGUUGUUUUUGAGGUAUACCUUCUGCUGGCUGUCAGGGAGGUUGGAGACGAAACGUUUUGA